CGAGCGACAACAACAUAUUUUAUAGAACAACCCCAAGGCAAAUAGUUCAGUAGGCAAGAGCGUGUGUUGUCAAGGCGCGUUAUAUAGCUCGGUGGUUUUUCCCUGAUAGAUGUGAGUCGUGAACAUUCAACAUGGUGGAUGUAAUUUCGCGUGUUGCUGGAUUUUAUGAUUACCUAUGCAGCGAUAUAGAUCCUCGGGUAAAGGACUGGCCUCUAAUGAGCAGUCCAAUAGAGCCUCUGUUGCUGGUGAUAGCUUACCUCGUGUUCGUGUACAUGGGCCCAAAAUGGAUGGACAGUCGGAAGCCAAUGAAGCUACAAAAUGUGCUGGUUUUCUACAAUUUCUUCAUGGUAGCGCUAAGCGCUUACACUGUACAUGAGAUGUUGCUUGGAGGAUGGCUGACUAGUUACUCUCUAAGUUGCGACCAAGAAGUCGAUUACUCUACGUCUCCUACAGCAAUCAGGAUGGCUAGCGCGACGUGGUUGUUCUUCAUCGCGAAGUAUAUAGAACUUUUCGACACGGUGUUUUUCAUCCUGCGUAAGAAACAGAGUCAGGUGACAUUUCUGCACGUGUUCCAUCAUGGCUGCCUUCCGGUGUUCUGGUGGUGGGGCGUGAAGGCAGUGCCAGGUGGGUUCGGGACAUUUCACGCGCUGGUAAACUGUUGCGUGCACGUGGUCAUGUACCUGUAUUACGGUAUCGCCGCCCUAGGACCUGACUAUCAGAAAUACAUUUGGUGGAAGAAAUAUGUCACGAAGUUCCAGCUGGCUCAGUUUUUUAUAGUGACUGUGCACAAUUCGCAAUUUCUGUUCCGCACAUGUGCGUAUCCAUGGAAAUACGUGGCUUUCAUCCAGGGAUUCACUACGCUCAUCGCCAUCUUAUUUCUGAACUUUUACGUCCAAGCGUAUAGAAAGCCCAAAUAUCUGCAGAUUAAGAGCCAAAGAAUUUCCAACGGCGUCCUUAGCAACGGUCAUGAAGUCAUAGGACAUAGCAACAAAUAUAGCAACGGCGCAGCGGUAAACGGGUCGAUAGUUGCAAAUGGUUACUGUCGUUCGGAACUCAAACGUCGACCUCUUUAUUCCUAGCGACGUUAAGUUAGUUAAGUUAUUAGGCUUAUGUUUGACAAAAACAAUGGUAAACGAUGAUAUCAUAAUCUUUGUUUCUAUGCUUUAAAUAUGUUAUAGCACAAUCCUAUUUCGGGCAUUUGCUUGUUAGAUUUUACUUAAUAAAAAAAAUAAAGUUUUUUAAAUAUUUUUUUUAGACGUUUUAAAUGAAUCUGAACAAAAUUCUGUAUUAGUUAAUGUGUCAAGUGUGUAUGAAAAGAAUAUUUAUUGCUUUUUUGUUUUAAUUUCGUUUGUGUGUUAAUGGUUUCUUCGUAUAUUCCAUUGUGGAAUUGAUAUAGUCAUUUAGCAACAGGUGCAUUUUGUACUCUAGUAUUCAUGUAUCCACCGACCUCAUUUAUCGUCUACUGCUAUUUUCCUGUGUCAUCUUUUCGACGUUCCAUUCCAUACGAAGUUAAACAAGCUGCUUAGUUAUAUUGCACAAAUUACUAUUCACGAACAUUGCUUCAACUUGAAGUAUGAACAUUAAAGGGGCCUUUUCACAGAAAUUGGUAGAUAUUGAAGUUUUUCAUUAAAUGCUUUAGAUUGAUAAAUAUUCACAUUGGAUCAUAAAGCUCCAGUAAAAAAACACUAGAAUACAAUUAACGAAAAGCAAAAAAAGUAACCAUCAACUGGGCUCGAACCACUAACCCCUGGAGUAAAAGUCUAACACUUAUACCACUCGUCCAUCCGUACUCACCCAAUGCAUGAUGUAUUUAAUACUUUAUAUAGGCAAUGCUCGUAGUGUCACCAAAUAUAACAACAACAAAACUCUCCAAAUUGUUUCGCGUUGCAACGCUUUAUAAUUUUCAGGUUUUUAAAUCGUCAAAAGAUGCAUAUAAUGAAUAUUUUAGAGCAUGGUAAAUGUUCAGUAUUACUGUUUCCUCACAAAUAUCAUAACUACAACGAAAGUUUGAGGGUCUGAAACAUUUUUUCUUAAUUUGUCAUUUUAUCAAAACGUGAAAAGGCCCCUUUAAUUUACCAACUGAAUCUCAAAAAUCAGCAAUAAACUUAUUAAAACAUUAUCCUUUUGUUUAUACAAAAGCACUGUUCGAAUUCUAGUAUGUAAAGUCCGCAAUAUUGCUGGGAUAGAUACAUAUACAAAAAGAAACUUUCGAUAUGUGUUGAUGAUAUGAUAUAUGAUGUUUUGUCUGCAAACAUAUAUGGAAAAAUAACGUCAUUAUUUGCCUGAUACAAGUUAGAUUAAGAUCAGAAAAAUCGGAAGUUGUGAUGAAUUUUUUAAGUGAAAUUACUUAGCUACAGGAAACUUCAUACGCGUUUAGACGUUGUGUGGAGUCUGUCCUAUACAAAAAUAGCUAAGAAUCCACAGACGACAUCUACGCAUUUAGACAAUAUUUAAAUUAUACAUGCUAUACUAUGAUCAGUUAAUAUAACUUAAUAAAUACAUCAUUCGUU